CGUCGAAGACCCGACAGCCUCAUGAGGAAAGCGUCUGUCUUAGUGCUGCGUGAACCACUUCCUUCUUCCUUCAGUGAGGAGGCGCCUCAGACCCUCUAAAGUCUGCCAAAGUGGAAACAGUGCAAAGCUCAGCCAUCAGUUGAAGAUGAAGUUUGCCUUUGUCUUUCUUCUUCUAAUAGACACCUCUCAUUUAAAAGGUCUGCAGAGGACUCAGGAGUUCAGAGACAUUUCACUGAGACUGGUCUACCCUUCAUUUUAUAAUAAUUACAACAAAUCCUGUUGUAAACUCUAUCCAGGAAGAUGUUUCAAACUGCUGGACAGUGCAGGCUACACGUGUGAUUUUCUAAAAGGUAGAGUUACCAAAACUGAGGACAACGGCUGGAUUGAGUUCAAAAUAUCAAAUGUGCAGAUUGUGGAUGGAGGGUAUUACAGAUGUAUGGUGAUGGGAACCCAAAACCACAUCUACAGGGACUACUAUGUGGAAGUCUCAGAGGUCUCAGAUGUCUCAGAAGAUUCAGGUGACUAUACUCAGUCUCAGCCUCCACUAAUAACAACCACAAAUGCUCCCAACACAACCCAGACCACCCCAGUCCCCACUGGACCUGUUCUGGCCCACGACCACAGUGACAGUCCCAGAGUUCCCUGGAGUUUUGGGCUGCCUCUUGCUACCAUUGUUUCUUUUGCAGCAAUGAUUUCCAUCACUUCACUAGUUGGUGUCAUUUUCUGCUGUGUGAAGGCAAAACGUAAACAGUCAAACAAAUGUGAAGACACACUGUGUGAGUCAUUGAAACAGGAGGUCCCGGAACUGAGCGGUAUAAUCUACACCACAGUGGAUUUCAAAGCUCACCAGAAACCCACAGAGCUGUACGAAAACCUGAGGAUGCACACAACACAGGAGGGAGAGGAAGCCCCUGAGUCGGCCUGGAGAACAGAGCAUGCUGGGACUGUGGAGUACUCCACACUGGCCAUCCACACAUAAAAUAAAAAGUUUAGAUAGACUCAGGUUUUUUUAUGUUUCUACCAUUAUAUUUGUCAUAUUGCUUUGUUUUAAAGGGGUCAUAUUUUGCAAAACCCACUUUUAU